GAUCUGUAUUGUGUCAUUGUUCUGUUUUGCUUGUGGUUUUACUGGGUUUGUUUAUACAGACACCCAGAUCCAGGGAGGAGCAGAGAGUGUUGUAAAACAUGAUUUGAUUGUUUUUUCAUGUUUUGUUGGAGAGAAUGGAUUUCGCAGGAAUAUAAUUCAAACUUGUGCUUAUAAUUUGUGAGCAAAAAGAGUUAUGUUAUAGAUUUGAAGAAGAUUAUUUUAGUUCAAAUUUUCUGUUAAGAGGUUUGCGAGAAAAUGAGAAUGAGUAGGAUUGGAAGAAUGUAGUGUGUGGGGCUGAAGUCCCGGUUUAAUUUUUAGGGAGGAAUGAGAAUCGUACUCGUUUAUUGCUAUUUAGAGUUAACUUCAUUGCCUUAGCUAAGGACGCAAGUUUCUAUGAAAUAUGGCUCGAUGUAAUGUAUACUCAAAAUUUAAAAGGCUUUGACGAAGUGGGGAGAAUUUAUCGUGUGAGCAAGAGAAGCUCACAAUCGAUGAUGACACGUCCAAGCAAUGAACGUUUACCUGGCCUACAGAGACCACAGUAUCAAACACGGUCAAGAUAUAGGGAAAAUCCCAGGAAUGACUGCCAUGGGAUUACCACUUGCUCUCAAGAGCUGACCAUAGAAGAAAUCCAUAUGCACAGUGUCAAGAUCAAGGACCUCAGAAGCUGCUUCCUGGCUACCACUGCUAAUGUGGUCACAUCCACUUUUUUCAUUCCACUAGGUGUGCAAAAUACUGACAACAUGCAAAACAUACAGAAGUCAGCCCCUUCCAUGUGCAAGGAUAGAGACGUCAACUUUCGAAAUGUACGGAAAUCACCCAGGUUAUCAGUCCAGAAAGGUACAGAGAAACAUGUGAUUGAAUCUGAUCAAGAAGGGGUGAAAUGUAGAUUAAACUCCCAAAACAAAUUGUGUUUCCCAGCUGAGAUUAUAUCGGCCAACUUGCAGCAAUCCAAGGAUAGAAAUUUUGAAUUUGAAGGGAAGAUGAACUUGCCAGAUGUACGGAGGUCUCCUAGAUUAUCUGAAGGAGCUAGGGAGAUACGCACACAAAUUCUCUUUGAAAGUACUGAGAAGAUAACUAGUUGUAGAAAGAAGUCUCGGAUGCAAGACCUAAAUCAGGAGAAGUUUUCUCCAGCUGAGGCGAAGUUUGUCGACAAAAUUCAGAGGCAGAAUGAAAUUUCAAACGACGAGGGAGUGGCGGACGUGCAAAAUACACGAACAUUACCUAGGGUUUCAGCCAAGGAUCUAGGGAUAGGCCUGCAAAGUAUAGUUGAUUUUAGUGACAGAGGAGUUUUUACACACGAGUCUCAUAUCAAAAGAACUUACAAGAGCAAUCUAUCUUCAGAAACUACGGCUGCGCCAGCCAAUAUGCCCCAUAUUCUAAAUACAAGUGGUAGUUGUAAUGGAAUUAUGAACUCGCAAUCCAGACGUAAGUCUGUCCGUUUGUCAAGCAAGAACGGAGAGAUGGACUUGCAGAAAAACAAUCUACCUGGAGAAUAUUCUUUUUCUUCUGACAUGGAAUUGACCACUGUAACCCAAGUAUGGAUCAAGAGUUCAGACUGUAAUCAACGGACGGACUUGGAAUCAAUUCAAAAGUCAGUACGAUUGUCUUGCAGGAGUAAGGAAACUGACAUGAAUAGUAGUAUUAUAUGUAGUGAGGAAAUGAGAACUGAGCCCCAGAAAAACGGCUCUGAUUCGAACAUAUUGCCUGCGGUCAAGUUUGACAAUCACCAAGUUCAGAACGUUUCUGCAAACUCUGGGGGACAUGUGGACUUGAAAAAAAUGCAAAAGUCGCCUCACUUGUCAGGCAUGAAAAGACAGAAACACUUGCAAUUACAUAGUAGGAAGGAGGUUAAACUUGGAACAGAGUCCCAGAAAAAGGGCUGCCAUGGUAACAAUCGUUUUUUGCCAAGUAAAUUGGGGUUAACAGAUGCACCCUCAGUUCAAAAUCAAACUGUAGGGGCUAAUAAGGAAGAGAUUAAUCUUGGAGAGAAGUCCCAGAAAAAGGGCUUCGAUGGGAGCACUAGGUCUCCACGAAUUGAACUUGAGCUGACAACUGCCCCCUCAUUGCACAAUGAAAGCGUAGAAGCUGCUAGAUGCUUGCUGAAUAAGGCCGAUGGUUCACCUCUGAAUUCUCCUAAAUCAAUUCCAACAUUUCAGUACUAUGUUGGUUCCGGAAGGGGAAUUAAUUUAAUUGUUGAUUUAAAUUCAAGCCCGUCAGACUGGACUAAGAAAAUUUUUGAAACAUCGUCUAGUAGUCAGAGUUUACAGAAGAAUAAAUUUGAAAGUUUUCGCCAUGAGAUUGAAUCAUUGAGAAGUAAGAUAAUGAUAAGUUCACUUAUUUCUAAUCCAUUUAACAAAAUCAGCCCCGGCCAUCUACAUAAUGAUGCUUAUCCAGAGUCAGUUAGUGGAGAAGCUUGUCCUCUGCAGUCUGAUAUACCAGAAAGAGGUAACGGGUCAUCAGACAUCACUGACACAAACUCAUUCAUUGAUAUAAGGACAAGGGAUGGUCAAAUAGAAAACUCCAGUGGCCUUAAUACUGAAACUUUUGGAGACCACAUAGCUUCAUCUCAAGAAUUUCAGGAAACGACGAUCACGAUUUACGAGACAAAAGCUUCUGAACAGUCAAGUAACAGGUCAGGGGAUGCUGUACCUGAUGAUAGUCACAAGAGAAAAAAACAAGGCAGGAAAAUUUGUGGGAUACGUUUAAAAAGUGGGAAGCACCUUGGUUCAAGAAAGUCAAUGCGGCUGUGGCAUCAGGGAGGUCCUUUGUGAUUCAGGUGGGUUAUUUUGGUUCACAAUUCCAUAUCAAGUUAAGCAAUGGGUACCUUGAUCGUCGAUUCGUCCCUCUAAAUAGAAUCAAAUUUCCAGCCAGUAGUAAUAUGUUGCAGCUUGCUAGAAUUGCGGAGAUCGAUUUAUCAUGUAGGGAACAUUUUUAUAGGGUUUCUUCACAAGUUGCCCUUUCUUAUUAUGACAGUGUAUGCCAACCAUUCUGGUUUAGAACUUUCAAGUGUAGAUUCUAUCUCAUGUCAUGUUCUUUCCUUUAUUUUCAUUUUUCACCCCUUAUAUGCUAAUGCAGAAGAAUUAUCCCAA